UCUGCCUCAACAUGCCCUUUGUACAGAAAAACAAGUUUAGCAAAAGUUAAAACUCUUGCUCUCAGCUAAAGGCUUUUGAGCCUACUCUUACUCUAUUCUCAGCAAAAAGCCUGGGGCCUUGGGUAAGGUAGGGUCAAGGUGGGGGUUCCCUAUCACUAAUGUACUUAAACAAGUCACGGGUCAGAUUUUUAAAGGUAUUUAGGUGUCUAGGGAGACUUUCAAAAGCAUCUGGGCACCUAACAUGCAUUCAAUCAAUUAACUUUGGUUCUUGAGGUUCUUUUGUAAAAUCCCACUAGAAGAAUAAGUGAAUCUUUAGGCCCUUAAAAGCUUUUGAUAAUCUGGCCCUAAGUAAACAUUGAAUACAGUUAAAAGGGGUGGAAUAACAAGGGAAUAGUUGUAGAUUUGGGGAAAGGAGAUCUUUCCGGUUUGAUUAAUAUUUCUUCCUAACUUACUUUCCUUCCAGAGAAUACAUGGCACACAUGCAAUGGAAGAAUGAAACAUCCAUCACCAAGUUCAUCCUUCUGGGAUUUGUGAACCUGAAUGAAGUUCAGAUUCUGCUUUUUGUGGUGUUUCUAGUGAUCUAUAUUCUGACCGUGGCUGGGAACCUCCUAAUGGUUGUGCUAGUUGUGGCUGAUCAGCAGCUUCACACCCCCAUGUACUUCUUCCUGGGGAACUUGUCUUUCCUGGAGACCUGCUACACCUCAGUCAUUUCCCCCAGGUUGCUGGCUGGGUUCCUGGUAGAGGAUAGGACAAUCUCCUUCGGGGACUGUAUCACACAGUUAUUUUUCUUUGGUGCUUUGGCUUCCAUAGAGUGCUUCCUCCUUGCAGUCAUGGCUUAUGACCGUUACUUAGCCAUAUGCAACCCACUCAGCUAUAAGGUUAUGAUGAACUUCAGGGUCUGCCUUCUUUUGGUAUCUGCCUCCUGGAUAACUGGUUUCUCAGCCUCAGCUUUAGUAGUGGGGAUGGUGCCCCAGCUAAACUUCUGUGGCCCCAAUGAAAUUAAUAAUUUCUUCUGUGACAUGGCAGAACUGCUCAAAUUAUCCUGCGCAAAAAGCCCUCUGGUGGAAAUGAUCAUUCUGGUCUGCUGCUCCCUGGUAACCCUGGUCCCUUUCCUCUUCAUAAUUGUGUCUUACAUUCUUAUCCUCUCAGCCAUCCUGCAAAUUGCCUCCUCUACUGGGAGGCAGAAGGCCUUUUCCACCUGCACCUCUCACCUGCUGGUGGUGAGUCUGUAUUACGGCACCAUCAUAAUCAUAUACAUGGCACCAUCAGCGGACCUGUCCCCAGGCUUCCAUAAAACUCGGUCGCUUAUGUACACGGUCGCCACCCCAAUGUUCAACCCCAUCAUCUACAGUCUGAGGAACCAAGAGGUGAAGGGGGCCUUCAGGAAAGUCAUGAUGCAGAAUUUAGGCAUGAUUUAAACUGUGAUUUUCAGAUUGGCCUCAGGAAGUUUAGCACCCAACUCCCAUUGACAGAUCAAUGCCUAAUUUCUUUAGACCUCCUUGAAUAACCUAGCCCAGAUCUCAACAGAAAUAUGACGAUUGCCUACAAUCUUAACUGGAUUUAUUAAGGAUCUCUUUGACUGGAUCUUUCUUAUUCUCCAGCAUCACUCAGGAUUUUACAACACUUGGCCUAAAAAAAUUUCUUUGAAGUUAGAGGCAGAAAGUUUGAGAAGGGACUUAUAUUGUGGCCCUUAUUGUCCAGCUGGGUUUGAAAUGUCUUUGCAUGGUUGCAAAAUGAAAUGUGGACACUAAAUUUUGGUGCCUUAGAUGUUUCUAAGAUCUUUGAUUUCCUUUGUGGUCUUUCCUCCAUGCACACAACAACAGCUCCUCCCCCCCCAGCUUUAUUUGCACAGAGACUCACCCAAAUAAGCAGAAUAUGCAAAAAAAGCGUGCAUGACCAAGUGCUCAAGUUUGGAGGGAGGGUAAAGCAGCUGUGAAGACAUGUUUGAACCGAGUCCCUGUUGUCAGUCUGAAACAACAUAGCACUGCAUAGCUGAGGCUCUAAUAGGAAGUCUGCCUGAGACUUUGAAAGGAACCUAUGGGA